UGAUGCCGAGUUAAGGCCGAGGACCGUCAGCAGAUCACGAGCGUGGAGGGCAUGGGAGGGUCAAAAGGGAAUGCCCGAGCAGAAGCGACUAUACCUAUGACUCGAGGAAAGACUCCAUGACUCACCUUUAUGAAUCAUGAUCGGAUAUCCGGCAAUAAUGAACGAUAGAUGAUUCUGGUUUAAAUCCUUAUUUAAAUGUUACCUUCCGAAUUUUCCUCGAGUAGGGCCAACAUCCGAGUCAACUCACUGUUCACCCCCUCCCCAACCAAAAGUCAUCAUGGCUGCUGCUCGUUCUGCUGCCCGUGCUCUCCGCAUUGCCGCCCGUGCUGGUGUCCAGCAGCGUACUUUCGCCGCUGUUGCCCGCCGUGUCGCCAUGCCCCAGGUUGCCGUCCCUGCCAUGCAGGCUCGUGGUGUCAAGACCAUGGACUUCGCUGGUCACAAGGAGACCAUCUACGAGCGUGCCGACUGGCCCGUGGAGAAGCUCCAGGAGUACUUCAAGAACGACACCCUCGCCAUGAUCGGUUACGGAUCUCAGGGUCACGGUCAGGGUUUGAACGCCCGUGACCAGGGUCUCAACGUUAUCGUCGGUGUCCGUAAGAACGGUGCCUCCUGGAAGAUGGCCAUCGAGGACGGUUGGGUCCCCGGAAAGAACUUGUUCGAGGUCAACGAGGCCAUCAACAAGGGUACCAUCAUCAUGAACCUUUUGUCCGACGCUGCCCAGUCUCAGACCUGGAAGGAGAUCAAGCCCCUCAUCACCAAGGGCAAGACCCUCUACUUCGCUCACGGUUUCUCCGUUGUCUACAAGGACAUCACCGGUGUUGACGUUCCCGAGGACGUUGAUGUCAUCCUUGCCGCCCCCAAGGGUUCCGGCCGUACCGUCCGCACUCUCUUCAAGGAGGGCCGUGGUAUCAACGCCUCCAUUGCCGUCCACCAGGACGUCACCGGUAAGGCUGAGGAGAAGGCUGUUGCCCUCGCCGUCGGUGUCGGUGCCGGUUACAUCUUCAAGACCACCUUCAAGAAGGAGGUCUUCUCUGACCUUUACGGAGAGCGUGGUUGUUUGAUGGGUGGUAUCCAGGGUAUGUUCUUGGCUCAGUACCAGGUCCUCCGUGAGCGUGGUCACUCCCCCUCCGAGGCCUUCAACGAGACCGUCGAGGAGGCUACGCAGUCUUUGUACCCCUUGAUCGGUAAGAACGGUAUGGACUGGAUGUUCAACGCCUGCUCCACCACCGCUCGUCGUGGUGCCCUCGACUGGGCUCCCCGCUUCUACGAGGCCUUGAAGCCCGUCUUCGACGACCUCUACACCGCCGUCGAGAACGGUUCCGAGACCCAGCGCUCUUUGGACUUCAACGGUGCCCCCGACUACCGCGAGAAGUUGCAGAAGGAGCUUGACGAGAUUGACAACCAGGAGAUCUGGCGCGUGGGUAAGAUCGUCCGCCAGUUGCGUCCUGAGAACAAAUAAGUGUUUGGGGAAAAGUAUUGUACUCUAGUUUGCUUGAAAGAUUAAUUCGUCUUGAGCUUAUUUGUACGUCUUGGAUUAGCAAUUGCGGGUGGUCAUUGUGAUGGGAAGGAAUAAAAUUCAUCAUAAAAAUCACCUCUAU